AUGCCCUCAAACUACACUUCCCAGUCGCCCGCGAGCCUGGUACCACCACGCGACUCCCUCGAGCUUGCGUCACUCGCCUCGUCUGACCACGACGGCAACGAUCGCACGUCUUUCUCAUCCUCCGAUGCGGGUAUCUCUUCAUCUCGGAAGCUGUCCUUGGAGGAUGGCGAGGCCACGAACGGCAGACCCCUAGCCGACAGAAGGAGCUAUUCUGUCUCCAGCGCAUUCGAUUUCAACAGCGCUCUCUUCCCGCUAUCUGCGUCAGGACCAGGUUAUACAGCAUUAGGGACACCGAGUACACCCACCUUUGAUCUAGGAGGACAGCAAUCUCUAGAGAGGAAUAAGAGCUUGACCUUCUUGAAUGGCUUAUCACUGGUGAUUGGCUUGAUCAUAGGGUCAGGCAUCUUCUCCAGCCCUGCGAGCGUGAAUAGCAAUGCAGGUUCGCCCGGCGCAGCCCUUGUGAUAUGGGCAAUAUGCGGUCUACUGGCAUGGACUGGCGCAGCGAGCUUCGCUGAGUUAGGAGGCGCUAUUCCGUUGAAUGGAGGUGCGCAAGUAUACUUGAGCAAGAUCUUUGGAGAGUGGGCAGGGUUCUUGUUUACAUGGUGUGCUGUCACUGUGCUCAAGCCUGGCUCUGCAGCAAUCAUUGCAAUCAUCUUUGGCGAAUACAUGGUCCGUGCGGUCAUUGGCGCAGAAGCGCUGGAAGUCAGUCCUUGGAUCAACAAAGGUGUCGCUGUGCUCGGUCUGCUGGGAGUCACGGGCAUCAACAGCGUGUCAACACGCCUGGGAACACGUAGUGCCGACAUCUUCAUGUUCCUAAAGUUCGUCGGUCUGCUAGCUAUCACGAUCUUGGGCAUUGUUGUGGCAGCGACAGGUUUUGCAGUCAACAAGCAAGCACUAUCUGACACGUGGCGGCACACGAACUGGUUCGAGGGCACGUCGAUUAGCAGCUCCAAGUGGGCUGUAGCACUUUACGCGGGUCUCUGGGCCUACGAUGGAUGGGACAACACGAAUUACGUGGUCGGCGAGAUGAUCAACCCUGGGCGCGAUCUACCUCGCACGAUUCACACUUCCUUGCCACUGGUCAUUCUUGCAUACCUACUAGCGAAUCUGAGCUACAUCUUCGUCCUCCCAGCAACGGUAAUCAAUGCGUCGAAUACCGUAGCCGUGGCCUUUGGCCAAGUGGUGCUUGGCCGUGUAGGCUCGCUUAUUCUCGCUCUCGUGGUUAGCGGAUCUUGCUUCGGCGCCUUGAAUGCCACAACUUUCACGGCUGGACGGUUGGUCUACAGUGCAGGAAAGGAAGGCUACAUCCCAUCAAUAUUCGGUACCAUAGGUCUCAGCCACGGCAACCAGCGAGUACGACUACCACGCCGCAGCGCAAGAGCGAAACGCUUCACGCGAUGGAUAGCGGAUGAGCAGGGUUUCUUUUACACGCCAAUGUACGCCAUGGGCCUCAACUUCGCGCUGACGACGAUCUACAUCAUCAUCGGCGACUUCACGACCUUGACAACAUUCUACGGCGUGGCUUCGUAUCUCUUCUACUUCGCGUCUGUGGUCGGCCUGAUCGUCUUACGGGUUAAGGAGCCGGAGUUGGAAAGGCCAUAUAAGUGCUGGAUUGUGACACCGAUCAUCUUUUGCUGCGUGAGCUUGUUCUUGCUUAGCCGAGCUAUCUUCGCCAAGCCGUUACAGGCGCUGAUCGUACUGGCUUUCAUUGUGGCAGGAGUGCCUCUUUAUUGGUGGAGGGUUGGGUCGAGGAAUAGUGGACGCGGCAGGAAAGGCGAGGGGUUUGACUGGAAGUUUUGGAAACGAUGGGGCAGAAGAUAG